AUGAAAAGGAAGGCGGGUGAUCAGCCAGUAUUGGCUGUCAGCGCCAUCGCGGCCCGGAGGAGGGCCCAGCAGAACGCUACUGUAUCUACGCGAUCCUCCGUUUCCAAGCCUAUAUCAGCAUCUGAAGGGGAACCCCCUUUGAAACGAUCAAAGCCGUCGCUGGCGGAUGAUCUACCGAGCUAUCCUGCGGUGAAGAGCAAAAUUGAGGUUGUUAUCAGGAAUCCCAAGAGGCAGAGCAACCGAUCCCAAUCGACGAUUGCGGCCUCCAUUGAAGAACAAACCAGGUCUACAGACGACGACAAAUCGGGAAUUUUAGUCGAGGAUGAUGGUGGCGUUACCAGCAGCGAAAGCAGCGACGAGAUUGAAGUCAGCGGCCGCGAGAAUUACGAAAAUUUCUUAUUGUCAAAAGGAGCUAUUUCCAACAAGGAUGUUUUAUAUAAAACCAACGAUACCAUUUGUAUUCGUCUGAGGGAGAAAACAACCAUAACUGUCUUGGGCCAAUACGACUUGUGGAUUAAACGGGGAGUUGUGAGCAUCUUUGGUGCCAAAUUACCUCCCUCAACUCAGAUAUAUAGGGUAUACGCCCCAUCGACUCAUUCCCUACCAGUUAUCAAGACAGUAGCCGGCGUGGACGGAUAUGCAGAGAUCGAGAUCAGUUCUUGUCGCAAUGGUUUGCCAUAUCUUCGACAUGUGUCUGAUUUGUAUCGUCGAAUAUGGAGCGGUAAACAGGCUUCCUCAGGAAACAGUCUGACCACCAGCUCCGGAAGGUCAUUCUCGAUUGUAAAGAACCAAAAUUUCCUUCACUCUUCUUCCGAAGACCCCUUCAAACGUCACCUCCGCCCGCUUCAUUUUGACAAGCAAUGGAGUAUGGCCAUUAAAGCCCUGUCUAGUCGCGGAGCCCAACUUCGAGUCAUGACUUGCGGGCCCAAAGGUUCGGGGAAGUCCACAUUCAACAAGUAUCUCGUGAACCAUCUACUCAGCCAAAUUCCACCCCAGAAUGACAAAGCUUCUUCAAGUGAUGGCGUUGCCUACAUAGAUCUGGAUCCUGGCCAGCCAGAAUUUUCACCACCCGGCGAAGUGUAUUUGGCUCACCUUCGAAGGCCGGUCCUUGGGCCUUCGUUCUCACACCCGGUCUUGGUAUCACCGGACGACGGAUCCAUUGUCAAGUCGCAUCAUAUUGGAGCUACAUCGCCGAAAUACGACCCAAAUCACUAUGUGCUGUGUGUGAUGGACCUGCUGAAUAGGUAUCGGGUUCUUCUCCAGAGUUAUCCCCUGUGCCCAGUGGUGAUAAACUACCCUGGGUGGAUUUUCGGUCAAGGUCUGGAGAUUGCUACCUGGUUCAUAAGGUCUCUUGACCUUUCGGAUGUAGUAUAUAUGAGCGUACAAGGCCCCGAGGAAGUUAUUUUCCCUCUACGAGAAGCGGCAUCUGAAGCUGGGGUACCGGUUACUGCACUUCCAUCACAGCCUACAGAGUAUGCAACGAGGUCGAGUGCUCAGUUGCGCUCCAUGCAGGUGCUGUCCUAUUUCCACGUGUUGCAGAAUGAUGCAAACAUACCGUUUUGGUCCGAUCUGCCAAUCCAACACCAUCGGACUAUGAGCGUCAGCUACUCCGGAGAAAAUCCAGGUAUCUUUGGCAUAAUGGUGACUGGCUUCCAUCACGAACCGGAUCGUCUUCAAGAUCUCUUAGAUGGCUCCCUCGUCGGCGUCGUAGCCGUCGAAGACUCGGAUGCACUUCCCAAGUCGUCUGAUACGGCCACGGCGACAGUAGACACUCAUCAUCACAAAUACGCCGCAAACCGUUCCGAUCCGGACCAAGACGCUCCCAUGAACGAUGCUGAUUCAGCGAUCGCAUCGUCUUCACCACAUCCGCUCAUCACACAAGUACCACAUACGAACCUGCCGUACCUUUUUAUUGGCAGCGGAACCUGUCACCCUCUAGAUCCGGCAUCAUCAUACUCCCUCGGUCUCGCUCUCGUGCGCUCCAUCGACAUUCAGUCACAAACCAUCCACUUGAUCACUCCCAUCCCUCCCAAGUCGCUCCACAGUGCCCUUGCCCGUGGUCACCGUAUCAUCCUUGUUCGGGGGAACCUGGAUAAUCCCAAUUGGGCUCUCAGCGAACAGUAUUUUGCUGCCAGGGCGGCGCAGCGCAAAGUCAGAGAACGAAGGGCGGAGGUUAAAGCAGAGUCUGAUGAUUCGGAAUUACUAAGGGAGUACGAGGACAAAAUUAGGAGAUCAGCAGAGCGGGUUCGUAGAGCGACGAGGGGCGCGCCGUGGAUGACCGUGGCCAGGCAGGGAGUGAAGAAGCAAAAGCAGAGAAACGGGAGGUUAUGGAAGGUAACGAAACCUGGACAGGAUGGAGGGUCUGAUGGGGAGAGUGAACACUUCUAG